AUGACAGAGAGCACAAGUGAAGACCGUGAGUGACCUACAAACAAGCUUUACUAUCUUAACUUCACCCACGCUGCAGAUUAACACCCCAGCAGCCCCUGAAGGAGCCACGCUGCACCCCCUGCCACCUCUCCCAAACGUGACACAUGGAAGAGGAGGAGGAGGGGUUGUCUGGACAUCAUGAUGCAGGAAUUGAUCCAAAAACUGUCUCAGAAGGAGGGAAGGUUUAGCCCAAAAGGCACCCUGAGGUGGAGGUACAGUAGGAGAGUCAGGGUCACUCUCUGGAGGCGUUAUUAGUUUGAAUCAGCGGCAGACGGGUGAGAGGAGGUUUCUACUGGCUGAACUGGACAUGGUGAUAAACUGAGUGAAGAGACACAAAAAAGUAAGACAAGAAACACGAGGAAAGAAACAAAGACUAAGAGAUGGAUAACCAAGACAAGGGAGGAGGUACAGGAGGAGGGCAGACAAACGAGAAACAAAAAGCUGAGGAGGUCGGUGAUGAGGAAAAGUGGACCAAAGAUAAACACAACAAGCUGGAGAAGGAGAGCAGUGAGAAGGAGCCGAGUGGAAAGGCCAUGAAGGAGAAGCGUCGCUGUCACUGGAGAAGUGACUGGGCUCUGAACGAACGUCUGGCCAUCAACGUGUCAGGGAUGCGUUACGAGACCCAGCUCCGCACUCUGGCCCAGUUCCCCGACUCCAUGCUGGGUGACCCCAGGCGUCGCCUUCGCUACUACGACCCCCUGCGGAACGAACUCUUCCUGGACAGGAGCCGCGUCUGCUUCGAUGCCAUCCUAUACUUCUACCAGUCUGGCGGGAGGCUGCGGAGGCCCGCCAACGUCCCUCUGGACAUGUUCCUGGAGGAGCUGCGCUUCUACGAGCUCGGGGAGGAGAUCAUCGAUCGCUACAAAGCGGACGAAGGCUUCCCCAAGGAGGAGGAGAGGCCCUUACCCGCCAAUGACUUGCAGCGCCGCCUCUGGAUGCUGUUUGAGUAUCCGGAGUCCUCCGGCGGAGCUCGGAUCAUUGCCAUCAUCAGCGUCAUGGUCAUCGUGGUCUCCAUUCUCAUCUUCUGCCUGGAGACUAUGCCUGAGUUCAGGAAUGAGAAGGAACAGCGGGAGAAGUUCACCGCCAUACCGCACCCCACCAUAGCGAACGAAACCAUCUUGAUCCCACCUGGCUUCACUCCCUUCCAGGACCCCUUCUUCAUCGUAGAGACCAUCUGCAUCAUCUGGUUCUCCUUUGAGCUCAUCGUUCGUUUCACCUGUGCUCCGAGCAAGGUGCACUUCUUCAAAGACGUCAUGAACACCAUCGACUUCUUCGCCAUCAUUCCCUAUUUUGUCACCCUGGGCACGGAGCUGACCAAGGACAAGGACGCGCAGGCCUCCGUGUCCCUGGCCCUGAUCAGGGUCAUCAGGCUGGUGAGGGUCUUCAGGAUCUUCAAGCUCUCUCGUCACUCCAAGGGCCUCCAGAUCCUGGGCCAGACGCUGAAGGCCAGCCUCAGAGAGCUCGCCCUGCUCAUCUUCUUUCUCUUCAUCGGAGUCAUUAUCUUUUCUAGUGCCGCCUACUUUGCAGAGGUGGAUAGUCCUGACACGGCGUUCACCAGCAUCCCUGAGGCGUUCUGGUGGGCUGUCGUGUCCAUGACGACAGUCGGCUACGGGGACAUGUACCCGGUGACGGUCGGAGGGAAGCUGGUAGGCUCCAUGUGCGCCAUCGCCGGCGUGCUCACAAUCUCUUUGCCAGUUCCCGUCAUUGUGUCCAACUUCAGCUAUUUCUACCACCGCGAGAUGGAGUGCGAGGACACGACCCAGUACAACCAUGUCUCCACGUCGGUCUGGGAAGGAGAGGACGAUGAAGAGGGGGGAAAUGAGGAAGGCAUGGACGAGGGGCAUGAACACAUGGGAGAUUGUGUACCCUUGUACGGGCAAGACAGCAGGGGUAUCUGCCCUCCGCUUAACGGGACGCUCCUGGCAGGGCUUUGUGAUGGACAGGAAGCUGGUUAUCAGAGAGGGAUAAACUUCUACCUCAAAGAACCUCUGGUCACUCAGGUUUGACAGACAUAAUGGACAGGGCUGUCCCACUGUCUCACAUCAAGGAAAAGAGAGUGCCAAGCUGGAAAGAUGCUGGCAGGGCAAUACAGGAGAAAAUGUUCACAAAGACUUGCCCUGAUAUAAGCUCUAAUGUGUUACAUUUGAGGCUUUUGCAUGAUUGUAUUUGACUGAUAAGCAUCUGUUUUUUUCCUCAAUAAAUAAAUAAAAUCUAACCUUUAAAAAACCCUGCAGGUCUUUUGAUAAAACUUACUGCUGUAGUAAAGACAUAUCCGGACACCUCAAAGAAUCUUCUAUCCAGCUCAAAUAAAAGAAUAAACCACCUGCCGUACAAAAUAAAGUAGAUUUUAACUUCUUUCCAAAGUUGCGACUCUGUUUCUUAAACCCAACAAAUAUGGCAGCCAGAGUUGACAUUUGGUGCUUUCCUGUCUUGUUUUGUGCAAGGGAAAAAUGAUUAAUGUAGACAAAUGAAACAGGUAAUAAAAGUUUUAGGUAACGCUUCAUGCUAUGGGUCCAUAAUUAACAUAAUAAUAAUUUCUUAGAAGUUUUCUGGAAAUUACAAACGUUAAAGUAAAUAUUCCAACCAGUAUACAUUUAUCAUUGGACAUUUUAUUCUCCUUAUAUAUAGACAUGUUUGCUUGAUUGUGGACAGUUUUCUCAUAUUCAGUUGACUUGCUGUGCACUGACUGAAACACUAUCUCGGUUUAAUUGGAAUUUAGUUGCUGAAAGUGUUCCAACAGAUCACACCGUUUCUAUUUCCCUAUAAUUAAUACCAAACUAUAUAGUCCUUUCAGGGAAACAUCCAAGAAUAUUACCAAGAAAUUAUUCAGAAAGUACAGACCCGUAAAAUAAACCAUUACCAAAUGACUGAACUUCCAGCCACCAUCUUUGUUUGGCUAAAUAAAAGCGCUGCAGCUAAGAGAGCAGGUAAAACAUCUUCUUUCCUGUGCAGCUGAUGGUAUAUGUUUUAUGCUGGCUGGAUGGAGGAUUAUUUUAGGACUCAAAAAUGUCUUUAAAACAGAGAAGAGUGUUGUUAAAAAAUUGGUGAGGUGCCCGUCUCACUUGCAUGUUAUCAUCACUGCAAACAUCACAAAUGUAAAAAAGGAAAAUUAAAUCACCAAAAGUCAAUGUAAACUACAAACAGAACUGAUGAUCCUACUGCUUCAGAGACAGAUAUUCCAGAGACAUACAAAACUUAUAUAACAACGUUAUUAUAAUAUACAAUUCAGGUUGUAUAAUGCCUGUGAUGAUGGUUUACUGGUGUCACUGUGGAAACGAAAAUGACUGAAGUGCUGAAUGCAGGAAAUCAAUUCACUGCACAUUCAUCUGAUGGUGUUAAGUGAGCCACAGUGCCAUUAACUGCUGCUGUGAACAUACUGUAUAGGAGCUAAGUGAACAGCAAGUGUUGAUGCCCUGUACUUGUCAGAGUUAUGGCAGAGAUGAAGCACUGUAAUCUCGCGCUGACGUUGACAACAAAGAGAUCGGCUGGUAGCGGUGCAGACAGAGUUCUUGUAGUCAAGUCCAAAGCCAGUUUGUAAGCUACAUACAGCAGUGCAAUAGAUACAGCCUGGAGAGGUGUGUGGAGAAAGCUGAUAUCAGGUCACAGACCAUAUACUGUAGCUCAGAGCCAGCUGACAUUUGUACUAACUGCAGUGUCUGGAGCAACACUGUGCUCUGAUGGUCCGAGGCGAUAGUGGUAGCACUAACAAUCUUCACAGCUUUGUCCUCACGUCAAUGAGAACAACUUUCCCUAGAUGUGUUAUUAAACUGAUGUCGAACAUGUACGGUUCCCUUCAGCUGAUUCCCAAUCAGCGACUCAUUCAUCGGCUGUUUGGCUACCAGCUGACUUUAAGGCUGCAUAUUGGACUGCUUUAUGUUAGUAUUACUUUUGCAGAAUAUUUGCAUCAGUGGGAUGAAGUAUGAAUUUCUAACAAUUCUUCAAUUUAUCUUAAAACAGCUUCUCAAUGGACAUUCUAGAAGAAAUUGUAUAUUAUGAUAAACUGUAAUCAAAAAGUUAUAUAUUUUGCAAAGAUAUUGAAUCUAAUUUACCCCACUUGUUGCUUUUCCC